AUGUAUCUUUUAGAAUGCAUCUACACUAAACACUUAUGCCUGGAUGGGAGGCAGAUACACUUGGAAAUUUACGACCCUUGUUCACAGCGGGGGAAACUUUCCCUCACAGAUGAGCUCCACUGGGCUGAUGGAUUUAUCAUUGUUUACGACAUCAGUGACAGAGCAUCAUUUGCAUUUGCAAAAGCAUUGCUGUACAGGAUCCGAGAGUCUCACAUAGGAGCUUGUAAAAAGAUGGUCGAGUCAUCAGUAUUUCUGGUUGGUAAUAAACAGGAUUUAUGCCACAUGAGGGAAGUUGGCUGGGAUGAAGGGCAGAAGCUGGCAAUGGAUAACAAGUGCCAGUUCUGUGAACUGUCUGCAGCAGAACAUUAUCAGGAAGUUGUGGCAAUGUUCAUGAAAGUCCUGAGGAAUAUCACAUCAAAUUUCAAAGUGAAGGAAAAGAGACGACCAAGCGGAUCAAAGUCAAUGGCCAAGUUAAUCAACAAUGUGUUUGGAAAGAGAAGGAAAUCUGUGUAAAAGAUGGUUAGUCUUGAAGGAGGAAUAAGAUGAAAUAAUGGAGCACAGGCAGCUCUUGGGAUUCAGUCAAUUUCCUCGAAAGGUCAGUGUCUGGCGGAGUAAGACAGUAGAAACCAAAGGUGGGAGAUAGUAUGGUCAAGCAGACAGGGUCUAGACCUAGAAGACCUGACCUUCUAUUUCCAGUUCUACUACAGAUUUGCUGUGUUAGGGCUACGUCACUUAAACUCUUAAGAUGCUCCUCUCACCCUUUAUCUCAUAAGUUCUUCAGAAGAGAGUUUUAGUCUGUAUUUAUUAAACACCAACAUGGUCUUGGAUAGGGCUUCUAGGUGCGACUGAAGUAUAAACAGUUAUUUCCCAUAAACUCAGCCUUGCUG